AUGGCUUUCAUCUUUAGAGUAGUAAUGCAGUUUGUUGGACUUUUAUUAUCUUUGCUGGGGUGGGUUUUAUCCAUUAUUACCACUUAUCUGCCACAUUGGAAAAACCUCAACCUGGACUUAAACGAAAUGGAAAACUGGACCGUGGGGCUCUGGCAAGCCUGCGUCAUCCAGGAGGAAGUGGGGCGGCAAUGUAAGGACUUCGAUUCUUUCCUGGCGCUGCCUGCCGAACUCCGGAUCUCCAGGAUUUUAAUGUUCCUGUCCAGUGGGCUGGGAUUUCUGGGCUUGCUGGUCUCUGGGUUGGGGCUGGACUGCUUGAGAAUUGCAGAGAGGCAGCAAGAGCUCAAGAAGCGGCUGCUAAUCCUGGGAGGGAUUCUGCUCUGGACCGCCGGCCUCGCAGCCCUCGUGCCAGUCUCCUGGGUUGCCCACGUGACCGUCCAGGAGUUCUGGGAUGAGACUGUCCCAGAGAUUGUGCCCAGGUGGGAGUUUGGGGAAGCCCUCUUCCUCGGCUGGUUUGCUGGGUUCUGUCUCCUGCUAGGGGGGUGUCUGCUCAUCUGGGUGGCCUGUUCUGCCCAAGCUCCUCCGGCUUUGGGCCACUACACAGCAGCAAAACCAGACACUCAGUGUCCAUGCCUGGAACAUGGGGCUGCAGUUCCAAAAGUGUGA